AAAAAAAUGUCUAAUAUCAAGUUUAUUUACUCAAAAAAAGUACACAAAAUUCCUCAAAAAAAUGCCACUAAUCUGCAAAGCGUUAUAGAGACAAUAAAGUCAAUUUAUAACUAACUUAAUACAGUAUAUUUGUAUGCCAUUAUAAAUCCAGGUAAUAAUUUAAAUGAAUAGCAUUAGAUGAGACUGAGAGUGUGGCAGAGAUAAGGACUGAAACAGAAUUCUCUUAAUUACAAACACUCUAUAAAAAGAAUUAAUGGCCAUCUAUCAAAUUGCUAGUAACAGAAACAUAGGAUUAUAAAUCAAUUUUAAAAGAUUCUUGGGGACUUUUGAAUUAAAGUAUGGUAAUAGUAGAGAAACAAAGUCGUGAUGCUUGUACAUUGCAUCAACCAAUUCAAAUAGAUUAAUCAUAAUAAAUUGCUCCAUCAGCUGGACAUUAGGGGUAUUUAUUUAAAAAAAAUUGUUAGUACUUAAGUCCAAGUAAACCAAUAGGACAAUGCACAAAACACUAACUAGAUUGAUUUUAGAUAAAAUGAAUAACUCAAACAAUUUAUUGCCAAUAUAGUGGAUAAAAGAAUCAGAGAUUUGGGAUUGAUAAAUAAGGAUCAAGAAUAUAGGUUCACUUUGACAUACAAGAUUCCCCUAUUAAUAGGUGUUAAUGGAAAAAAGAUGACUGCAUAAAUUACAAUAUAGAAUAGUGGAAAAAAUUCAUGGGUGAACGCAGCUUUGAAAAAUGCAGAAUUAGGCAUUCAUUACUAAAUUAAUAAUGUUUCAUGUGGUGAAUGUAUAACUGUCACUAUAGAUAUACCUUAUAUACCUGAACAUUUCGAAAAUUAAAAGGAAAGAGUCUAUAAAUUUGAUGUAAUAACCAUAUCAAUGUUUUUAGGUAAUUUGUGAAAACAAAAAGUAUUAAAUGCAGAAAUUAUCAGAUCCAAUUGAAAUAAGAGUGCAAGCAUCUGAUAUUGAUUAAAUUGUAAAGUAGCUUUAAGAUUUAUUCCCUUAAAAAAAGAAAGAAGAUUUGAUCAACUAUGUCAAUGAAAAAGGCAUUCACAAGACAUUUGAUUAAUACGUAGAGAUGCUCCUUUCAGAGUAUUGAUAGAUUCACUAAUUUAUGAUAUGG